AUCCUGUCUUCCUCUAUGUCACUCUUUCUCUCCGCCUCCUUGAGUUCGGAUCCCGGCGAACUUUGGGUUUUCGCCUGUUUAUUGAACUGACAGUGGUCUUCCUAACCCCUUGUGGAUUGCAACAACAGCCCAAGUCCGCCCGAAUCUAGACUUUUCAUUUCACCCAAACAGGGUCACAGAACAUGCUGGCCCGGCUCCUGCGUUCGAGCUUGGCUGCAUCCGGUGUCAAGCUACGCAUAUCGCCAAACCGGACAGCAGAAGAAGUUUGGAUGAGGGCGGACUUCUCAACUGGCCUCUCAUGACACACCCCGGUUCGCAACCGGCUGUCGACGUCAGUCGGGGGGGAAGAGGAGGGUGUGCAGCAGCCUGCGCAUAAGAGGAGGGGAGGUCCUCAGGAAGAGGGUGCGGGUUCCGCAAAGAAACAUAAGGCAAGGACCCCCCAGACGACGGGGGGGGAAAGGAAGGGAGUCGAGGGGCAGGAGGGAACAUCGGGUCGGAAACGCCCGACGUCGGUGCAGAAACAGCCUCAGCCAGGUGCUCUCGAGGCGAAGGGUCCCAUCGACGUCGACGCCUCGUACUUCCUGGAAUGGAAAGACGGUGUGCGGACAAAGCGGGAGUUCUUCAUUAGCGCAUCGCAGGUCGUCGACAUCGGUGACUGGGAACCAUCGUACAACCAACGGUCGUUGGAUCCCGUGCACACGCAGAUCAUCAUUGAUGUGAUGAUGAUGGCGUUCUCGCAAGCCGAGAAGACGUACGAGUUGCCUACCCUCAAGCUGGCGCCACUAAGGUUGGAGAAAUCGAAGUCGGGCGUACGGGCUGAUCGUCUGAAGCCAGAGGAAUGGAAGGACGAGCUCGCAAACCAAUACUAUUAUUACGUUGUUUCCGGCCAGCACAACGCGGCUGCAGCCAGGGCGCUGCUCGGCACAGACGUCGCAUUGAGGUACAACUUCGACCGGUGGCCUGCACAUAUGGUUUACUUCUUGGACGAGGAGUUCGAAGGGUAUUUUCUGGUCAGCUCGGAGGACAACAUGAAGGACUUGAAGGCGCCUCCUAGACAGCUGAAACUAUCAAUAAAGGACAUUCAGUGGUGGUGGAAAAAAAAGGGUUUCCCAAAGGAUGUUAUGUCAAUAAAGGACAUUCAGUGGUUGUGGAAAAAAAAGGGUUUCCCAAAGGAUGUUAUGGGGAACCCCAGCGGAAAACAAGCUCAAGUGAAGACAUGGUGUGAGUUUUGUUCGCAGGCGCUUCACAAAACGCCUUACAACCACUUGUGGAUUCUCGGUGAUGAGAAGGGCGAGGACAGUAUUAAGAAGCAGAACGCUGCCCUUCGCUCUUAUUUUCCGUUGGUGAUGGCUGGAAAAAGCGCGUGGGAGUUGGGUAUGGAAUUUUUCGAGAAAUGGGAGACGGGGAGACGUCUGGCACCCGAGGGGGCGAGGUGGAUCACAAGGAAAAGGAAAGUCACCGAGCCGGAUCCGCACUACUGGAAGAGCAUGGAAGCCCUUACCCACAACGAGAAAUGUCGGUUGCUCAAGAAGGUCCUCAACUGCGAGGUUGUGUGGGUGCAAACAGGCUCCUCAUCGUUGGCGAAGCAAGGCAAGUUGGGAGUGCAGGAAGGAGUGCACCUGCUCAAGUGUGAUCGCAUCUUGGUGCGAUUGUGGAACUACUAUCAGUUUGUGCACGAGAACCGGCCGGGUGCUGACUGGACACGUGCGUAUCCCUUCCUAAAGAAGCGAGAGUCGAUUUUGGCGGAGUUCGAGAAGCAGGGAAUGGAUGCCUCGUUGUGGGACGAGAGCAGGAAGAUCGUCGGUGACGCCUCGCUGUUCAAGGACUGUCCGUCGUACAUGGGGUGCGAGGACGACAAAACAAUCAAGGCGACGGAAAAACUUGCCCAAAACAAGAAGUUGUCCGCCGACUGGAAGAACAAGGUCCUCUCAGUGCUAACGGGCAGUAGGGCCAAGAGCAUGGAGGUCGCGCUUGCCGAAGGCGAGGUGCACGUUCUGUGGAAAGACUCGGGGGACGUGACAUCGAUCGCCCCAUUCGGCGUUGACCCUCUGGAGGUGCAGUUGAGGGUCAGGGAGCUGGAGAAAGCGGUUGGGACCACCAAAUGCCACACGUGCGUUCUUGAUCUGUGCGAGCCGGUGGACUUCAAACACUGGACACCGAAAGAUUUCAAGAGUUUGAAUUCCCUCCUAGAGCAAUUGUUUCUGUCACACUGGACGAUCGUCGUUUUCCUCCCUCGGCAGUGGGACUACUCCUUCAUGACCAGCCUGCGCCAUCUGCCCGUUGUGAAGGCAAUGGCAGGGAAAUGGGUCAGGAGGACGCACCAGACGAAAAGUUUCCCGGUGGGAAAUAACUUGUACUCGGCUGACGACCGCAUGUACAUUCUCUUCAAAAGUGACGAUUUGCGGGAGAAUACAUCUGUCGUCUACGAUGCUAGGUUGUCGGCAGGUGACGCUGCGGCUGUCGGGGUGCAUCAAAAAGUGACCCUGACAGACAUAUCGGAGACUCCCUUCGACCCUUGUGAGUGGCCGUCGGCCAUGCCUAGAGUUGACAGGAAGGGGGAGGGCGUCAUGUUCCUCGGCAAGCCGCACGCGCGAGUCGUGUGGGAGGUUUUGAAGAGCGACCGACACGUGGUCGCGCUGGAAGGGAAUUCUGAGUUGUUGCAAUACACGUUGGAGUUCCUCAAAAGCGAGGUCAACUCUGGAGCCAUCCGCUGCGAGUUCGUUUCGAGGAGCGAGAAAUCAACACACGUUCAAGAACCGUCUACGGACAUGUGGUUCAAGUUGAGCGAGUGGAAGAGGAACAGGAUCUACAAGUUCCUCUUUUUGGAAACAGGGCCCAGGAGGGACAAUGACGUUGAGUACAUGCGUCGCAAGGAACACAUGUUGGCAUUGUUGGACAACUACCACUACGCCUCACGCAAGAAUGCAAAGAACUUCCUCGACCGGUUGGAGUGUUUGUACUUCGUCGAGUCCGAGGAGAUGUUGAAGCUCGAGAGUUAUGGUGCCUUGAUCUCUACGGAGGACGAGGCAAAAACAGGCGUUGUUUUUGACACCGCUACGCCGGAGGAGGACAGCGACAGCGAGGACAUCGACAUCGAUUACCAUCCUGCUCCGGUGUUCCAUGCCCCUGGCUCCUCGUCGGCCGGUCCCUCAACAAGCCAAGCCACCCAGGCGUCGCCUGUGCUCACGUUCACCCCGGGUAAGACCCCGAGUAAGCUGGCGGCGAGACUGACGCCUCGGCCUGCCGCCCCACCUCCAUUGCGUUCCGGGAGUUCGGCAAGGAUUAUUAUGCCGACGGGAGGGGGUACGCUCGUGGGGGUAGGAGAGCGGGCCGCGGGAUUCGACAUGGUUUUGGGAGAAUUCCGUGAAUGGCAUGGGAGGGACGAAGGGGAAGAAAGGGAAGAAAGGGAAGAAGGGGAAGAAAGGGAAGAAAGGGAAGAAGGGGAAGAAGGGGAGGAAGGAGAGGAAGGGGGUGAAAAAGGGGAUAUCGACAUUGAAGGCGACGAACGGCUGGGCAAUGAGGAGGAUGCCGACUGCGAGGAGUCGUCUGACUCGUUCGGGCACCUUUACGCAGGCCAUCCGGGGCUUGAUGUCAACGACGAUGCGACAACAAUGGAGACGGAGACGCAGGUGGUCAGUGACCUUUCAGCAGACCCUGAAGAAUAUGAGGUUCAACCGCUGACGGCUGCAGUCGAUUUCCAACACCGUUGCGAUGAGGUUUCCGCUGUUGUGAGCCCGACUCAACGAAGUCAACAAUUGAGCGUCGUUGAAGUUUUACAUGGGAUACUCGGCGACAAGCAGGUGGUCAGGCAACGGUCUGCAGCGCUUGUCCCGGACGACCGCCAAAAUGUCACAACUUUCGUGCCCUCGAACACCGUUUUCUCACCACCCAGCUCUCCGAUAUUGACCGUCACCUUAGCCAGCGGCCGGAAGGGGGAUCUCGGGGGCCAGCAACAUGUCACGUCCCGGAAAAAAACUCGGAUCGGCACUCAAACUCUCGACGUGCUGGGCUUGCCCGCGCCAAAGUCACCGACGAAGGAACGAAGGGAUAAAGCGGCUGGUAAGCAGUGAUGAACGUCGCGUCGUACGCGCUCCCCAACAAAGAACAUGGCCAAGU